AUGUCGACACCAGCAGCCCCCUUCUAUCAGCUCCGUUGCGGCUGCAACCAAUACCCAUGGGGUAAACAAGGUUCCAACUCUCUAUCUGCACGACUUUGUGAAAAGACGCCGGGAUGGGAUGGGGAUGGAAAGAAGAACUUCAAGAUUGACGAGGACAAGCCAUAUGCUGAGAUGUGGAUGGGCACAUACCCCGUGCUGCCAUCCUAUGUUGCUAGCACGGGCGAAGAUCUCCAAGACGUUCUGGACCGAUACCCUAAGGAACUGUUGGGGGAGAAAAUCCCUUCGAAGUUUGGACACAGCAAGCUUCCAUACCUUCCCAAGGUUCUCUCUAUUGCGAAAGCAUUGCCAUUGCAGGUCCAUCCUAACAGGGAGUUUUCGAGUAAGAAGCACAAGGAGGACCCAGACUCAUUCACGGACGGCAACCACAAGCCAGAAAUCGCCCUCGCAUUGUCUGAGUUUGAGGCUUUUUGUGGCUUCAAACCUGUUGAGGCUAUCGUGGAUAUCUUACGCCAGAAGCCUUUGAGACACUUUCUUGUCGCCGGUGGCGCAACUGUCGCGGAUGAGAAGCUCAGUCAAGAAGGAUUGAAGCAGGUCGUCAAAACUAUGUUAACAUCAUCUGACGAAGACAUCAAGAAGGCUUUCCAGGCAAUCCGGGAACUCCCCGACUCUGCCUUUACGGGACUUAACUCAGCCAUUCCACAGGUUGCCAAGAAACUCGAGAAGAAUUUCCCAGCAAACGACCCUGGUAAUCUGGUCGGACUGUUGUGUAUGAACUACAUGCUUCUCCAACCGGGCGAGGUCAUCUUCAUCCCAGCAGGCGGGAUUCAUGCCUACAUCCAGGGCGAUAUCAUUGAAUGCAUGGCACGUUCUGACAAUGUUCUCAAUACUGGAUUUUGCCCCAAGGCCGAGCGAGACAAUGUCGAUGAGUUCUGCUCAGUGCUUAACUGGGAGCCCACGACCAAGUCACAGACGACACUGCAACCAGAAACUUAUCCUGGAAGUAAAGAGGGCAAGACCCAGCUUUUCAAACCACCUACCAGCGAAUUCAACGUGCUUGCGACUGACCUGAAGUCUGGUGACCGUGAGGCAUUGAGUGAAGGUGGUCCCAAGAUUAUGCUUGCAACACGUGGAAGCGCAAGUGUAAAGGCAAACGAUCAGUCGUUUGAGCUGUCCGAGGGCCAUGUGUAUUUCAUUGCUCAAGGAGUGAAGCUGGAUAUCACUGCUGGCAGUGGUGGUCUGUUGCUGCAUACUGCGGUUGCGGAAUGA